UCGACCUAACGAAGAUGUCGCUGGUUUGUCAUCUGAAAAUGUCCGCCGGCCGCGGACUCUCCAGGGAGCUCGUCGACAUUACUAAUGCCCGUAACUUAUAAAAAGCAGCUUUGUGGCCCUCUUUCUUCCUGCAAACUGUUGCACUAGUACAAAUCCUUGCAAGCUUUCUUUACAAAUGACCAUCACACUGAUCACCGGGGCAAACCGAGGUCUGGGCUUCGAGACUGCUCGUCGUCUCAAGGAACGCGGUCAAAAGGUGUACAUUGGUGCUCGCAAUGCUGCUGCUGGCAGGGAAGCCGCCGAAAAGCUUGGUGUUGAAAGUGUGCAGCUCGACGUGACCAACGACGAGUCUGUCAAUGCUGCAGUGAAGGAGAUUGAGGCCCGCGAGGGGAAGCUUGACAUCCUCAUCAACAACUCGGGCAUUACUGGACAAAUGAAGACUGUCGAAGAGACAUCACCCAAAGAUCUGCUGGAGUGCUAUGAAACCAAUGUCUUCGGCGUUGUACGCAUGACCAAGGCCUUCCUGCCGCUGCUGAAGAAGUCCGAUGCGCCCUCAGUCAUCAAUAUCAGCAGUGGCUUGGGAUCCUUUGUCAUGGUUCAGGAUACUUCAGCAAUCGAGUCGUCCUUCACCAAUUUGCCGUACAACUCGAGCAAGUCUGCCCUGAACAUGAUCACAUUGCAGUAUGCCCGGGCUCUGCCUGAUGUUCGAUUCAACAUCAUUGAUCCUGGAUACACUGCUACUGAUAUGAAUGGUCACAAUGGUCAUCAGACGGUCGAGGAAGGAACAGACGCAGUCGUCAAGAUGGCAACGACGGGCAAAGGUGGGCCAACUGGGACAUAUACGAACCGUACAGGUACUGUGCCUUGGUAAUUUAAAUGAUCUGUGAGCUGGAAUGAAUGUAGCGAUUAUCGAUGAGAAGACUGAUCCAAUUGCAAGUGCUGCUGCAGCAUUGAGCCCAUGACUACAUCAUG